AACCGAUACCCCUCCCUCCGGCUCAAAAUCCAAACAAAUCGGCUCGCAAUUCUCCCCGUCCCUUCCCCCUCUCAUCGCUCGCCGCUCGCUCCUCUCCCUGUCCACGCCGCCGUCUGUCGAAUCGAAAUCCCUCUCCGCCAUGCCGAAGGGCGCCAAGAAGCGCGCCAAACUCAAGAAGCAGCAGCAGCAGGGUCACCCCGACGAUGGCGGCAACACAAACGCCAGCAGCGGCAAUGGUAACGGCAGCGAUAACAACAACAACGCCUCGAGCGGCCGCGACGGCGACCCCCACCUGUGCAUCCCACCAAAAGUUUCUCGCGUCGAUGCGAGCGAGGACUCCAUGGAGAGCUCCGAAGAGAUGGUGACCCCCAGGGCCGCCGCGUCGGAGCCGGACGAGGAGGAGAGGAAGGCCCCCGCGGCCGAGGUUCCCGUGGAGCGUGCCGUCGAGGCGGACGUCGCCGGGUCUGGGGAGGUCAUUGUGGACGCGUUUCCACCGGAAACCGCUGGGCAUGUACGUGAGGGCGAGGUGGAUGAAGCAGAGGUGGAGGUGCACGCCGUGGUGGCACAGGAACCGGAGGUAAAGGAUGUGUUGGUGGCCGAGGAAUCCGUGGUACAGGAGUCAGUGGCUGAUGCGCCGGCGGUGAAGGAGGUGGCCAAGGUGCAUCCGGUGCUUGAACCUAAGCUGAAGGUUGAUGAAGUUGUGGUGGUCGAGCAAACGCCUGUAGCACCAGAUGUGAAGGGCGCCGGGGCUACUGUUGUGUUGAAAACACCAGAGCUGAUUAGGAGAAAUGUGGUUGUCAAGGACCCUGCUGAGGUGUCGAGAUCUCAGGACGCUGCUGAUGUGCAUACUACAGAGGUGGCCCGUGGACCUGCAGUGGCAGUGGUUGCUUCAGGGCAGCGGGCAACAUGGUGGAAUUGCUGUGGCCUUUUUGAUGCUUUUACUGGUUCAGGGAGAUAGAUGAAGCGUUAGAACUUGAAGUCAAGAAGACAGAAAAUGCGGUGACGUUCAGUUCAAAGCUGAUGAGCAGCUGUAACUAGACUUUGUCACAUGAAUGAUGAAGCAGAAGGAUUCCGGAUAACAUCGAGCUGAUGUUUUCACUUCCUUCCUCCCUGUGUCUCUGCAUCUGUGCAAAGUUACAUCCCCUGGUCGCGGUUAAUAUUCUUAAUUUCCUUAGCACCCCCAACGCCUAGUCGUGUCGUCUAGGUACUGGUCUUGUAGCAUAGUAAGUGUUGAAGUGGGUCGACCGUAAAGAAUGUUUUGGUGUUUCUGCUUUUUUUUUUAUACUUAUUUUUUCUUGUCACUUGUAAGGAGUAUAUUUAUUCAAACAAGUUGAGAUGGUUCUUC